AUGAAUGACCUGCCGCCGCUUCAGCCUCAAGAAGUGCCCUGGCCGUCCAUUGAGGACGUCGACCCUUCGGCGUUUGUCGUGCCCAGCUCGACGGUUCUCUUUGCCGCUCCCGGGGCUGUUCCCGCGGCGGCAAUCCAGCAGCCUGUCGCGGCGGCGGCAGCAACAGCAGCAGCAGUCCCAGCGACAGCCGGGCCGAGUGGCGGAGCACCGGCAACAGCAGCAGCAACAGCCAAAGCUAGCGGUGCUCCUCCGGCCGCGGCGACGAGGAAGUGGGCGUCCGCAGAGGACUGGGAAAGACACAGAGCCAUCAUCUCGGAGCUGUACCAGCACAGAAGACUGAAAGAUGUCGUCGACCACAUGGAGCGGGUGUACGACUUUUAUGCUACGGAGCGCAUGUACAAGUUCCGAAUCAAGACGUGGGGGCUGAAGAAGAACUAUCGCGCCGACGCGGUGCAAAAGGCCAUCCAGCGCCUAGAGCAGGGCCGCAUACAAGAGGCCGACGGCGACCUGGCCGCCGGGGCCGCCCAGGACCUGCCCAAGCUCGACCUCCCCCGCCUGCAGCGCUACCUCCGCCGCAACCCGGCCGCCCUGCAGAGGCUGCGCCAGUCCCAGGGCGCCGGCACGGCCGAGAUCACCAUCCCCGAGCUGCAGGCCCUGCUCGCCAGCGCGGCCGCCAGGUCCGCCUACGCCUACGCUGCCUCGUCCUACGGCGCCGGCGCCGGCGGCAACAACCGCAGCGGUAGCAGCGGCUCCUCCAAGUCGCCCUCGCCUCCCUUCCCGCCCGGCAUGGCACCGGCAGGGGCGGCGUCUGCGGCCUUCCACCGGCCCCUCCUGCCCAACAAGAUGCGCGCCUCGCCGCAGCUCGAGGCGCCCGACGAGAUCCUGCACCUGCUGCGCACCUACAUCAACGGGUCCUACCGCGACGGCCGCACGCCCGAGCAGCUGGCGGGCGAGCUGACGGCCGUCGGCGACCGCGACGAGGUCAUGCUCGACUUCGUGCUCAAGUUCCGCGCCGCGCAUGCCAUGAUCGCCGAGCAGCAGCUGCGCGUCGGCUUCUACUGCCUGCGCGUCUGCUUCGAGCGCAUCGAGAAGGUCCUGCGCGACGGCGAGGCCUGCGCCCGCCGCGUCCUGCUGCUCUACCUGCUCAACGCCGCGCUCGACGUCUCGGUCGACUUCGCCAUGCCCGAGGUCGUCCAGAUCCUCUUCCGCCACGUCCGCAGCCUGGCCGAGAGCCUGCUCGGGCCCAACCACCCGGCCGCCGCCAUCGCCCGCCGCUUCAGCCAGCUCGAUCCCUCCGAGCACGUCAGCGUCCUCAAGCUCACGCGCCGCCUCAUCCGCGAGGACCUCGAGGGUUUCGAGACCGAGACCGAGACCAGUGGCGGCGGCGGCGGCGGGGGCGGCGGCAACGGCAUUUCAGGCGCCACCGCCGGGAAGCAGCCCGGUGUCGCGGCGCCGGCCGACCUCGGCCGCAAGGCCAUCAGCGAGCCGGCCCUGACGCUCUACAACUCGACGCUAGAGCAGUCGCGCGGGUCCGUCGAGGACAUCGCCGAGGGGCUCGAGCGCAUGCGUCUCAAGACGCACGAGGUCGUGCGCGACAACUGGCUGAUCCGGCUGUGGAUCGCCAUGCGCGUCUCGGUCGCCAUGUACGAGCAAGGGCGCGGCGACGAGGUCGAGGACCUCAUGCUCGGCGGCUUCCCGACGUGCCCGCCGCGGCGGCAGCCCGACCGCGUCAACCUCAUGGCGCGCUGCUUCUGGCUGCGCGGCGAGAAGCGCACCGAGGAAGGCCGGCUCGUCGAGGGCGAGCAGCACUUCCGGCUGUACAUCGAGCUCGCCGAGACGACGUGGGGCCCCCUGGACGACACCGUCGUCACCACGAUGCCCCUUCUGCGGGACAACCUGCUGCUGCAGGGCAAGACGGACGAGGCCGAGAAGGUCCAGAAAGAGUGGCAUAGAAGGCUGAAUGAGCGCCAAAAGGAGAGGGAGAGGUCCAAGUAA